CGUUUUAUUGCAUGCGCAGUUAAGUUGUAUUUAAAAGAAAAACGUGUUUAAAAAAAAACAACGAGUCAAACGGAACUAAUAGUUAAAGGGGACAGUUUUACCCGGAGAUGAACUCCUAGCAAACAAAGGAAACGGAAGUGCGUGUUCCAGCGCAACGAGAAGUUUGGUAAUCGUUUGAAGAUUUUUAUUUAUUUAUUUUUUGGUCCGUGUUUGUGUGGAAAUUACACGUUCAGGUUGAAUUAUAUUUUAUUCGACAAUGGCCAAAGAGAAGCGACACAGGAGGAGGGAAUCUCCGAUGCGGGAGCCGGAAGUGAAGAUAAAACAGGAGAAAGUGAGCCCCACUAGGCCGCAAAGAUCACGCCGUUCCAGGUCGAGAUCCGUCGACAACUCCAGCCCACAGAGGAGAAGAACGAGCAGGUCACCAGUCAGGUCGAGGGACCACUCACCAGGCAGAAGAGAGACCUCUCCUGUUAGACGGAGCAGCAGAUCUCCAAAAAACAGAAAAAAUCACAGUCCUCAUCGUAGCAGUGAUGUCAGAAUAAAGCAGGAACGGGAUGAGCACAGGGCUAGACGUGAUGAGCGGAGGCGGAGGAACGAGCAGCCAGAUGAACGACGGAGCAGGUGGGAAACGGACCGGUCACAGGACCGAGAUCACGGUGAAGAACGGCAUCGUGAACGAAACUUAUUUGCCUCUCAACAAGCUGAACGACAGCAACACAACGAGAGGCGCAGGGAAAAUCGUCGGCGGCAAGAGGAAAACGAGGAACAAAAUUUUGAACGGUCUGAAGGAGAGGGCAGUGACUCGAGAGGUCCUGCUGCUGAGAAAGAGAAGCCCAACUUUGAACUGUCAGGGGCGCUCACGGAAGAUACCAACACGUUCCGAGGGGUGGUGAUCAAGUACAACGAGCCGCCAGAGGCUCGCAUCCCAAAGCGCAGGUGGAGAUUGUACCCUUUUAAAAAUGAUGAACCCCUUCCCGUCAUGUACGUUCACAGACAGAGUGCCUAUUUAAUGGGACGGCAGAGAAAAAUUGCUGAUAUCCCUAUCGACCACCCAUCGUGCUCCAAGCAACAUGCAGUAUUCCAGUACAGACUGGUGGAGUAUACAAAAGCAGACGGCACCACUGGCCGCAGGGUUCGGCCUUACAUCAUUGACCUCGGUUCUGGCAACGGCACCUACCUGAACAACCAGCGAAUCGAGCCCCAGCGUUACUACGAGCUCAAAGAGAAAGAUGUUCUCAAGUUUGGCUUCAGCAGCCGUGAGUACGUCCUGCUGCACGAGUUCUCAGACACGAGCGAGGUGGACACGAAACAGGAGGAGGAGGAGGAGGAAGACGACGACGGGGUUGAUGAGUAAAUGAUUCUCACGAACUCUAUAACCCACGUUCAUUCAGACCAGGUUAGAUCCACAACAAUGUUAAUGUGCUGAUGAGAAAUAAAGCCUUGAACUGAAGCGGUGAUCGUGGGAAAUAAAAUAACAGAAUCUCGUUGGAUUGUUUUGUACAUUGUGUAAGUAAUUGCUUAAAUCUGCCACACCUGUCUCAAGGUAGACCUCUCAGGUUUCUGUGAUGCAUGACUGAUCUUACUGAUCUCAUGUGUCGUCAGGGGACAUUGGAAUAUCAACCCUAUGUUUAAAAAUAUUAUUGACAGAAUAAACAUUAAGUCAUCCAGAUUAUGAUUUCUUUUUGUAGUGCAAAUAGAAAAUGUGAUGCUGUCCGUGUGUCUUUGCGUCACUGCAGCACGUAUUCAGGAACUUGCCUUUUGUUUUGGUCAGAGCAGAUGCAGUCAUAUUCAAAGUUAAUUUUUGUACUGUAAAAUACAAAAUAAAU